AUGACUAAAUCCGCUUUCUUGAUCGUGCUCGGCGCAGUCACCACAAUCACUGUAGAGGCAGCGUCACCUCUUGGUGCCUAUAAUGUUGACGCCUCUGCGGUCUCCGUGUCUGGUCUAUCGAGCGGCGGCUUCAUGUCCGCCCAGCUCGGAGUGGCAUAUUCGAACGUCUUUCAGGUCGGCUUUGGUGUUUUCGCCGGCGGGCCUUUUGAUUGUGCUCGUAAUCAGGCUGUAAGUUGUAACCUCUACGCAAGUGAAUCAAAAGAGCUUAAAUGA